CUAGCAUUAAAAAAAAAAGCAGUCAUAACCUCUUUGAUGUGUGCAGUUGUAUACAGAAUUCGUAUAAAAAAUGCGAAAACUACACGGUAUUUUAACACAUUUAAGGCCAUUCAUGACAUCAUCAUUGCACCGAAAAGCCGAUGCCAAGCAAACGGCAAACAUAGUUGUUGCGGAGAGAUUCAAAGCAGUUACUAUCCUAUCGAUAAAUCGACCCGACAAACAGAAUGCAUUGAAUGAAUCGCUGCUGCACGAGCUUGCGUCACAGUUGACACAAUUCGAAGAGGACAAUAGUGCUUCGGUUGCUGUUAUAAAUGGCAUCGGUGGUAAUUUUUCAGCUGGAUACGAUGUUGAUGAAUUGAAGCAGAGAAGUGAACAUGACAUAAAUUCCGUUCAAAAUAGCCUUUUUUUUCCAUUUCAACGUAAAACUAGCAAGCCCAUGCUGUGUAGCAUCAGCGGUCUAUGUAAAUCAAUUGGUUUUGAAAUAGCGUUGAUGUGUGACAUGAGGUAUGCGGAAGAAAAGGCUUUCUUUGGUUUCAGUAAUCGUCAGUUGGGUAUACCGCUUUUGAAUGAUGGGCCAAAACGGCUGGCCAAAUUGAUUGGAUUAUCAAAAGCCACCGAAUUCCUUGUGAUGGACCGUCAGAUCAGUUCUCAAGAAGCUGUCGAUUUGGGGAUUGUCAACGCUGUCGUCCAAGAUGGAACUGCACUCGGCUCCGCAAUAAAAACUGCCGUGUUUUUGUCUUCAUUGCCCCAAUCGUCGUUACAGCAUGAUUUGAGUGUUUUGCAUGGGUCACAAUUUGACAAAGAUAAAUGGCCAUCGAUUUUAAAUGACUUCAAAUCAAACAUUAGUCUUAACGAAGAUUCACUUAAAUCAGCCCGAAUCUUAAAGCUGAACAAUAUGCCCGAAUGGGAACUGAAAGAAAUCGAAUAUGAGAAAAAUUAUGCAAAAAAUAAACGGAAACAAAAUGAUGCAAAUAAAAUAUAAGAAAAAGGGAAAAACCAGACAAUCGAUUGUUACAAAUCUAUCGUUUAUUUGUUUUAAAUUGUACCGGGUGGGUCAGGAUAC